CCAGACGGGCUUUUCACCUACAGAUGUUUUAAUGUGCUUAACAUUAUCCAAUACUAGCAACCAAGAUAGUCUAAAUACCCCAGCAGGAUCUGAUUAGCUUUUUCAGAUCACUGCCUUUAUUUGCUGUUUGCAAAAAAGCUUAAUCCAGUGCUAGAGAUCAGGCUCCCUGCUGAGCCCUUGGGUAGUUUUCUCUCAUUCUUUGUGUUCACAGUGGCAGGAAUUAGUGAGAAGAUUCCUCCUCCUCCUCCUGAAUUAAAGCUAUAAAGUAGUAACUAUAGUAGCAGGGGAUAAAGAGAAGAAAGGAAACCCAGGGGAAAAGAGAGGACUUUCUAUUCAUACUAAAGAGUUUCCUUUUUAUACACACAAAAAAGUUUUAAUAUGAAUUCAUAAAUAUUGACCUGUCUCUCUGAGUGCAUAGCUUAGGUUUUAUUAGGAUUUAGUUGUAACUACUUUGCUUUCGUGUGUUAUAUUUUUUAUUUCUUAUCUUGCUAAAUCAAACUCCAUUUUACCAAAAGAAGUACAUUUGCUAACCAUCCUAGUGGCCUUGAUUUAUGUUUCUUACUCCUUUUGCUCAUGAAAUUUUAAAGAGAAAUACCACCACGUCACUUUUAAAAAAUUUUUUAACUUUCUUCGCUUCUGUGACAUUCAUAUGCUUACCCAAGACAUAAAGUCUAAACUCUGUGUAAUUUACCUUAUAACUUGCAGUAAACUAUGUUAGAGAUGCUUUAUCUUUAAUGCGCUUACAACAUUAGACCAUAGGCUCACCUAACUGCAGAAACAUUACCGUAAAUAACCCUUGGCAGAAAAAGAAUGGUUUCUGCUUUAGACCUAAUAGUUACAUUUAGUUAGAAAAUAUUUCCACAGAUUUUGAACUUUUCUAACAUUUGGGAAUGAUAUACCUUAAUAAAAUAGUAAACUCUUUGGAGAAAAAAAUAUAGACAGUGCUCUAAAGUAUACUCUGUUUUUAUUUUAUUUCUGAUAACAGGACUUUUUUAGGCUUCUGGUAGGCAUAAGGAAUGUUUUCUUCAGUGAGAUAACUGAAAAUUUGUAACUGUAUGGAGUAGGCCUUCCUCUUGGGUUGUAAAUAGAGAAAAAUCUCAUUGACACUUGAGUGGACACAGUAAGGGCGUGGCCAGGAGUCCCAACUGGCAGUUUUCCCCCAAGUGUUCACAAAUGACCCUAACGGAGAGUAGCUCCAAUAUUUGUGAUUGGUUUCUAUCGUUAGGGGUGCUUUAGCCAAAUUUUACAUCUUGGCUCUCAUAAUGAUACAAUGAUAAAUCCUAGGCUGUGCAUAAUUCAGCCUGUAUCAGAAAGUCGAAUUUUAGUAGCAGCUCCUGCUUUACCUGGAGGAGAGUGAAAAGUGGGUGCGUGCUUGUGUGGGCGGGUGGGGGCGCGAGUUCACAAAAGUAGGUGGUGCGUCGGAGGUAGGUUUCCUUUAGCGGGGGGAGUAUUUUCACAACACCUGAGGGGUUGUAAAUUUUGGUUGAACUUCUUUAAUUGAGGCCACUCAGGAUGAAACUGCAGCCCUCAGAAGCAUGUAGUGGUAGCAUUGUAAGUACUGCAUUCUGGAAGUUGGAAAUAAAUCUGGGGUAACAAGCUUCCUCCCCGAGGAGGUCCAUUUUGGUCAUUCUUCCCCCCAUAUUUCUUCUUCAUAAAGUUAACUUGUUCCUGAGCUGGAAUUUGAGCUGAAAUACAAAUCCCUUUAACAGGUAUAAUAAUGUUGUAUAUUAGAACGUAACGAAAGCUUUUAUUUAAUGAGAUGGGUGAGUGGAAUCUGUAAUAAAAGAGUUUUACGUGGCGUUGCACGUGUGUAAGGUGAGCCGUGCUGGCGAUUUUAGGCUGAACGUAAGCAGUUUUGUCUAAAUGUAUAGUUUGGAUGACACAUUUGGCACACAGUUGGACCACACUCGUUUCGUCUUCCCACACUACAGGACUAGUGAACUCACUUUUUAAAAUUCUGUUUGUAAGCUCUUAUCGCUCCCCCUCCCUUUUUUGUCUUUGUAUUGCCUUGCAACAAACGAACCAAUACCUGAAAAUAUUUUGGAUUUCCCAGUGUUUCCAGAGAAAUCGUCUGACUGUAGCCUUCUGUCUCAUUUCACUAGUCACUCAUUUAUUAAAGAAAGGGAUUACUGCAGUAGGGAAUCGCUGCUUUGACACACUUCAUUUUCUUUAUUUCUCAAAACCCCAAAGCUAAUAGACUGGAGUGGAGCCUCAACUUUUUGGAAACAUGCAACUCUGACUACUUGAAAAUAGAAUUGGUUUCUUUGUUUGGUGCAUGAAAAGCAAGGAGGAAAAGCCGAAGGCCGCCCAAGCCAGGUGUUUCUUGUUGGCAGCCUGCUGCCUAAUGACUCGGCUCCCAAAGAGCAGCUGCCGGCGAGUGGCCUUUGUCUGGCCUAUUGUUGCCCGCACACCCCUCGUUAAUACACACGCUGCCCGGGGCAGGCCCCGGGAAUGACAUCAACUCGCUUAUCGUAGGAACCUGCGAACCUGACGCAGGGAGCCGAGCUUGGCCCGCAUCUGCCCAACUAAUUGUGAGCUCCCGCGCUGUGAUUGGCUGUCCCUCCACUCGGUAAUCGGUUCAGCCAAGACAUUGCCAUUGCAUCUGUCCAACCAUUCAUUGUUCUUCCUGGCUUGCCUGCACGUCUGCGGCUACCACUGUGUUAAGGAGUUCCCGCUGAAGCUGCUGCAGAAACGUCUUUGUAUUUUCCUGCUGCCGAAUACGGGGUGCUUUGCAUUCAGGAAUACAGAAAAAAUAGCAAAGUGGAGUCAAGUACACAUAACAGCUUCAUGGGCUUGAAGGAUCAUCUGGGGCAUGACCUAGGCCACCUUUAUGUGGAGAGCACUGACCCACAUUUAAGUACAUCUGUACCUUGGUCAAUGGUGGAAAAGCCAACAAUGGAUAAGGUUAAUUCCGGGAAGGAAGAGAAAGAGGUGUCUGAAGAGAAUGUGAGCUCUGGUGACUCUGAAGAAAGCACAAAUUCCGACAACGAGUCAGACCAGUCGAGAAGCAUUUCAGCAGAGCCAUGCUUAUUAACCAAGACUCACAGACAACUGUGUAGGUCUCCCUGCUUAGAGCCUCACAUACUCAAACGCAGUGACAUUUUGCAAGACUUUAAACCUGAGGAGUCCCAGACUACCUCCAAGGAAGUGAAGAAACCCCCCGAUGUGGUGCGAGAAUACCAAACGAAACUAGAGUUUGCACUGAAGUUAGGCUAUUCUGAAGAACAGGUUCAGCUUGUGCUCAAUAAACUCGGUACCGAUGCUUUAAUCAAUGACAUCUUGGGAGAGCUCGUCAAGCUUGGAAACAAAAGUGAGGCCGAACAGACGGUUAGUACGGUCAACAGUCUAACGCGGGAAGCGCCUUCCCUGGAGUCUCAGCGGUCGGACUCUCCGAUGCAAGAGCUCGUGGCGGAUGACGGGGAGAACCUGAGACCCGUAGUCAUCGAUGGCAGCAAUGUGGCCAUGAGCCAUGGAAACAAAGAAGUCUUUUCCUGCCGGGGAAUAAAAUUGGCAGUGGAUUGGUUUUUGGAAAGAGGCCACAAAGAUAUCACAGUUUUUGUUCCCGCUUGGAGGAAGGAGCAAUCCCGACCUGAUGCUCUUAUCACAGAUCAAGAAAUCCUGCGCAAAUUAGAGAAGGAGAAGAUCCUGGUGUUCACGCCCUCCAGGCGAGUGCAGGGGAGGCGAGUGGUGUGCUAUGACGACAGGUUCAUCGUGAAGCUGGCUUUCGAGUCGGACGGGGUCAUCGUGUCCAAUGACAACUACAGGGACCUGGCCAAUGAAAAACCAGAGUGGAAGAAGUUCAUCGAUGAGCGGUUGUUAAUGUACUCGUUUGUCAAUGACAAGUUCAUGCCUCCAGACGACCCCCUUGGCAGACACGGCCCAAGCCUCGAUAAUUUUCUGAGGAAGAAACCUAUUGUUCCUGAACACAAAAAGCAGCCUUGUCCAUAUGGGAAGAAGUGCACCUAUGGCCACAAGUGCAAAUACUACCAUCCCGAGAGGGGCAGCCAGCCGCAGCGGUCGGUGGCUGACGAACUCCGGGCCAUGUCCAGAAACACGGCGGCCAAGACGGCGAACGAAGGCGGGCUGGUGAAAAGCAACAGCGUCCCCUGCAGCACUAAAGCGGACAGCGCCUCGGAUGUCAAACGAGGCGCGCCCAAGAGGCAGUCGGACCCCAGCAUCAGGACUCAAGUCUACCAGGACCUCGAGGAGAAGCUGCCCACCAAAAACAAAUUGGAAACCAGGUCCGUCCCCUCUUUAGUUAGUAUCCCGGCGACUGCCACUGCAAAACCCCAAAGCGCUACGUCUUUAAGCAACGGCCUUCCAUCCGGAGUUCACUUCCCACCUCAGGAUCAAAGACCCCAGGGGCAGUAUCCUCCGAUGUUGAUGGCAACCAAAAAUCACGGCACGCCAAUGCCUUACGAACAGUACCCCAAAUGCGACUCGCCUGUGGACAUCGGGUAUUACUCCAUGCUGAACGCCUACUCGAACCUGAGCGUGUCCGGCCCGCGCAGCCCCGAGCGCCGUUUCUCCUUGGACACGGACUACAGGGUGAGCUCCGUGGCUUCCGACUGCAGCAGCGAAGGGAGCGUGAGCUGCGGGAGCGGCGACUCGUACGUGGGCUACGGCGACCGCCCGUACGUCAGCUCUCCCGACCCCCAGCUGGAAGAGAGCCUCAAGUGUCAGCACGUGCACCCGCACAGCCGCCUUAAUUCCCAGCCCUUCCUGCAGAACUUCCACGACCCCGUGACCCGAGUGCAGAGUUACAGUCACGAAGAACCAAAGUACCACCCCAAGGCGCCUCUCCCGCACCUGGCCGUGCACCUGCAGCACCCCGCCGUGGGGGCCCGGGCCAGCUGUCCCGGCGACUACCCCUCGCCGCCCGGCUCCGCCCACUCCAAGGCGCCGCACCUGGGGCGCGCCCUGGUGGCCACCCGGAUCGACAGCAUCUCCGACUCCCGGCUCUACGACGGCUCUCCCUCCCGCCAGCGGAAGCCUUACUCGCACCAGGAGGGGCCGGGGGGCUGGGAGCGGCCCGGCUACGGGGUGGACGCGUACGGCUACCGGCAGACUUACUCCUUGCCGGACAGCUCCACGCAGCCCUGCUACGAGCAGUUCACCUUCCAGAGCCUCCCCGAGCAGCAGGAGCCCGCCUGGCGCGUCCCCUACUGCGGGCCGCCCGCGGAGCCCCCGAGGUACCAGGACAGCCGGGAGAAGGUCUACGUCAACCUGUGCAACAUCUUCCCGCCCGACCUCGUGAGGACGGUCAUGAAACGGAACCCUCACAUGACAGACGCCCAGCAGCUCGCCGCAGCCAUUUUGGUGGAGAAGUCCCAGCUGGGUUAUUGAGAGACGAUGCAUCUUUGUGGUGUUUAGUAGUUUUUUGUUCAGCUCAAACGCUGAGGGAGGUUUGCUACAAUAGCACAUGUGAUCUCCUUCUCGGCAAGGAGGUUCUAUAGUAUCCAUUUCUGUGAAGUACUGUAUCAUGGAAUCUGUAUGUAUCGCCCCACCUAGUGGAAAUAUCACGGGAUUGCUUUACAUGGAAACUUUUUUUUUUAACAUUUCCUUUUUAAAGCUCUCUCCUCGGCUGGAGAUUUUUCCAGUUUGAUUUCUUAGAUGUCUCUGUGAUCUUUGAUAUUCCUCUUUGGUGCAUCAGGGGUUUAUAUGCAGCACUUUUUAUCCUUGUUUCGUGUUUUCUUAACUUGGUGUUUGUCUAUCAAUCGCGAGCAAUUACGAUACCUUCACAACGUUGAACAUUUGACUAGACCCUAGCCAACUAUUUUUUCAAGCCAAGCUUCAUUGGAAUCUUUUACAGCUUUUUAAGUUAUUUUUAUUUGGGGAAAGUGGGCUUCUUUGUGCUAGAAUCAUUAUUUAUAGAAACAAAGAUAUACUACCGCACUGACUUUAUAUUUGAAACAAAACGGAAGUUACCAGUUUAUGUUGAAAUGGGUAACCGUCUAUAUAUUAGAAUGAUUUACAAUAUGGCACUUUUCAUUGUUCUAGUUUUGUUCGGAUUUUUUUUUUCUGUUAAGUAAUGAGUUAAUUUAAUAUGGUUGAUUUAAAGGAAAGCAGAUGCAAUCAAUGGAAAAAAUGGUUUCCAUUUUAUUACUAUUUUUCUUACCCAAUAAGGCAAAAGCCGCGUGUGCUCCAGCGUAGAGCUGUGUGACCCAGCUAUGAUGUGCUUCUAGACGGUAGAAACGGAAUUGAAUUCCCAGAUCCUCCUUAACCUGUAUUUUUAAUGUGUUUGUCUUUUUCUUUUGGGGGCACAACAAGACUGGAUAAAAUCACCCUUUCACAAUACUUGCCUGUUUUUAAUGAAUCUAAUUAUUCUCAAUGCAACUUUUAUAUUUAAUAUACUCUUUAGCUUUCCCGCUAUUUAUCAAGGCUGGCCUGAGGGGGGGGGGGUGGGUUGUGUGUUGAGCAUAUGCAAAGCUGACUGGUACUGCACUAGAGGGAAGCUGGUGGUGGUGGACUUGUAAAUGGUAACUUAAAACGUUUGUAAGAUAGUGUAUAUUUCCCAUUUUCCUGAAGGUAGUUUUUUUUUUGGGGGGGGGGGGGCCUGUUAUAUUAUUAAGGCCAGAUUCUUGCCACAAAUAGUGUAGUUUUAGCUACAGACUAAAGUCUGUUCUAGUAUUAGUAAGGGAUAUUUCUGGUUUCCAAGUCAUGGGUUUUGCUAGAUGCGAAUUCACGUUUGUCUUUAAAGGGCGGACCUCGCACGCGGGGGCCGACGGCGGGGGGGUUGUCACGACCUCCACUGUUGCCUCCAGGCUCUGAGAUUUUCUCCGUGUGACAGACUCCUCUGAUCUCUGCCUCGAGGCCCUGGUCGUUCUGAUUACCCUACAUGCCACAGUUUGAAGUAAAGCCCUGAAAAGCCAGAAAGUACCUUUUACUGUUGAUACAAAUUGUAUCUUUUUAACUCUAAGAACUAUUUUGAUUUGUAGAUCUAGUGAACACACCAAUGUGUAACUAUGAUUAGACUUUUGGGCAACAUUUUAUCCCUUAUUUAAAUACAAAAUUUUAAAGUAAAAUUGAGGUCUAGACUAGGGUAGAGCAUAAAAAGUAACAAUUUAGGUAAAUAAAGGUGUCUGUGUUAGUUUUAUAUAAUACAUUAAAAUAAAUUAAAUACACUUAUUGGCAUUUUCUUUCUCCUAAAACUUACCUAGUGAGAACUUAAACAAAAUAAAGGUAAAAUGCUGCCUGAAAAUAACGUCCGAGCACCUUUGACUAGGAUAACAUUUUCACUACUUGUGUGACACUGUGUGUCACAUCGAGUAGGAAUCGGGUACACAGUAAAUGCUUCUAAAAGGCAUUGUGCAUAUUGACAUAUCCAAUAAUCUGAACCGUGUUCAGCAAACUUAAUUCAGGAAAGUGGCGUUCUACAUAAUUAUUGCUGUUGUUUUUGAGGUGAGGGUGGCCCUCGUCUGUGCCCGGAAACCGUGCGGACGGUGCCACACCUGCCAUUCCGAGGGGUGUCUGAGCGCGACCCUGCUCACUCGUGACUCCGUUCUCCUCGAUUCCGUCGGUCAACUAUCUGUAGAACAAGUUUCAGUGUAGAGGCUAAAUGAGUGCCAAAAAUAGGGUUACGAGUGUGGAGUACCUUUUACUGUAGUCCUGUUCUAAGCCUUUUUUGUUUUGUUUUGUUUCCCGUAAGCGUGCAAGCGUUUGUAAAUUCUAGGUUUUGCUUCCAUUUUCUUAGUCUUGGCAUUUCCGUUAGCUGAAGAUUCUGCCACACUUUACUGCAUUUAUUGAAAUGAGGUCUUCGGUGAAACGUAGGUCCUACUUUUCACGUGGCCUGCUCACCGUUUGUAGCCGUCUGUCAUUGCUUCCUGGCUUCUAGAUUAAGGAAAAGUAGUUGUAGCUUGUGAGCACCUGUCCUGAAGUGACUAGCUCUGAACGACUCACACUGAAAUCCUUCAGUGUAAUUCACUGUGAGUUAAGAAAUAGCAGUUUUCUUAAGAGGACAAUUUGUCCCCCCCUCCUUUUUGUUUUGUUUUGGUUUUGUUUUGACACCCAUGUGGCUUUCAGAGCUUAAGAAUGAGAUGGUUGGCAGACUUUAGAUACAGCGAAUUCUUGAUGAUCUAAAGCAAUAAGUAAAAGGAUCCAUCAUUCAAUUAAAUCCGUAGCUGAUCCCAAACCUUCAUUGUCGCCAAAACUUUCACCUUAAUCCUGUCUUUCACCAGACUUGCUAAUAAAUAACUGGAAAGGGAGGGAGGUAGUAGGAUAACUGCCCCAAGUGGUCAGCUGAGAGAAGAGAACGAAUUCAGAUUGGAAUCUUCUGCCCCGAGUAACUGACAGUUGACGGUACUUUGCACAGUCAUUAGCCGGUUCCUUGUCUCUGUGUCUUACUACAGAGGGAGUAGCACCCAGCUGGCCAGUUACUGGCCGUCAGUAUUUCCUCCUUUCUUGCACGUGAUAAUGUCAGUUUUCAGUCUGUUGAUGAUCUCUGUAUCCUGAUAGAGUUUGUCAUUGACCUCAACAUUGAAUGAAAUGCACACCAGUAUAAAAUGAUACUGGUAGAAACUUGAACUUUGUGCUUUUAUGAAAUUUCCUUUAUGAGAAUAUGUAAUAUAACUAAUAAGCGCGGUUUUCUAUGUAUAUAUACACACAUGCAUACAUAUUUGUUAUCAAGUAUUAAAAACAGGAGGGUGGUAGGCUUUCGGUGGCUAACUUUCCCUUCGUUGAACUAUGUAUGUUUCUGAGUUGCGGACGACCAAGCCUGGAGUCUGGAUGACCAAUGAUAAGAUUUAGAACCACUUGAAUGGAAAGCAACUCUUCAAUGGUUUUAUUCCUGGUAUUUUUAAAGAGUUAUUUUGAUAAUUUUAAUAGAGUGUGUAAUUUUAAAACACACACACACACACACACACACACACACAAAGUAGUAUUGAUUAUACAGAUAAUUAUUUAACAUGUCUUUUAUGGAUGUAUCUAUGUAUAUGGACAGUAAUAUAUUUAUAAAGCAAAUAUACUUUGAUUAUGUCGUAGCUGUUAGUUUGUGAUAGGUUAGAGGGUGCCUCUGGGUACAGAGGUGUGUGUGUUUUGAAAACUCUCGAGCUGUUUUUCCCCCAAUUUAAUGGCACUGACCCUAAGGUAUAUUUGGUUGUCGUUCUCAUUUUUGCUGUCGGACUUCCUUAUAUAAGAUGAGCUUCCUAGGUAUACACCAGCCAGUCAAAUGAAGCGUAAAUACAUGAACUGCACACGUGCAUGAGAAUAAGAGAAAGCAGAGUUAAGAAAAGUAGAGAAACUGCGUUAUUUUUGAUUGGUCUGGGCAACUCCUCCGGGCAGAGGUUGACGGGCGUUUUCUAUAAAGGAUCAGACAGUAACUAAGUCAGAGUUCGAGAAUCAUACACCCCGUAUAAACUACUCACCUCUGCACUUAGACCAUGAAAGCAGCCACAGACAGGAACGUCAACGAGCCGUGUGGCUGUGCAGCAACAGAACCUGACUUAGGCCAGUCUGUUCAUCUCUGUCCUAGAGGGAGAAAAACAGGCCUAUGAAGCAGUAAGCUCUGAUCCAUGUUAACGUAGACGUGAGAACCAUAUUUCAGUUGAUGCUGUUGAUGGCUUUCAAAAGAAGAUUUUGAGCCUGUCCUAUUAAAGCAUCUUUCUUAUUCAGUCACACCCAUUAUCUAUUAGCGACAUUUCUUAACGUUGAACCGCACACAAAGAAAGCAUUUGGUCAACAGAUCUUUUACUAAGUAUCGAAUUUUUUUCACGAACUUUGUAUUUCUAUUGAUAAAUGGGAACACCUUACCUACAUUUUGUGUUUUAAGGGCCUCACGGACCAAAAAUUCUGUUGUAUUUUGAAAGUUAGCAUGUAAUUAGCCACAAAAUAUUUUAAAGACUGCAUUUAUCCGUUCUGUUUUUCUGCUGGUUUUUUGACUUCUAAAAAAAAAAAAAAAAAAAAAAAAAAAAAGAUGACAGAUGUGCCCUUCUUUAAAAGUGGUUUUAAAGAAGAUAAACAUACUGUAAUGUCACAUACUAUAUAGCUUUAUUCUGUAAGAUUUAAAUUGUGACCAGUGUAACUGUAGCGAUAAUGUGAGUGCAUUUGCUGUAUUGUGGCUCUCUUUACAAGAAUCCAAGUGUAUCCCUGCUCUCUCUGUCCAGAUCUUUAGUGUAGCUUCUUGAGACACCUUAGGACUGUCCUUGGUGAAUAUUCUGAACACGGUCACGUGUGAUUUUAAGUCCGUCGGCACCACACACGGUCGGGCACGUUCACUCACAGCACUGUCGUCGGUGGUGGUCACAUUUUCACACCAUUUCGCCGGGAACAGUAAAUGGGGUGGAACACCACCGUCCAGUUUAGUUACUUUAUUUUAAAAUUGCAACACACCUCCAGCUCUUGACCGCAUCCACUGUUUAAAAAGGUCACUUCCCCCGGCCCUUUAAGGUCAUCUGCUCCCCUGCUUUUUGCUUCCCUUACAAUAACACGGUUAUGUGCUAGGAGUAGCUUUUUCCCUAAGGUCCGUAGCCUCUAAGAUUUAAAAACAAUUUAAGGUUUUGACCAUUUGGCAGUUAAAAUUUUUUGGAGAAUUUGGUGCAUGUCUUCAUUUAGUUUUAGAAAAUUUUAAAGUUCCACUUUUCAACCACAUGUCCAAUCUGCCAGUCGUCUGUCUAGGUAUUUCAAAAGAAUAACCAAUUGUUUGCUGUCCAUUAAAGCUUUUGACCCCUCUCGUAAAGCAGCUUAUGUCUUUAGGGAAAAAGACCUUGAAAAGCAGUGGCUUGUUUUUUUAAACGGUUUAGGUUUUAGAUUUUCUUCGUUUUUUUUUUUUUUUUAACUUAUGUUUCCUAGCCAACACAAAAUACCCACAAACAUGCGAACCUCCUCAGAGACGUAAACGUAGUGCUGUACGUGACCAGAGACUGAUCUCAUCUUCUCCUGUGAGGUGGUGUUCUUCCUGAACCCUAGACGCGUGCCGAUAGAAUUUCCAAUUCAGCCCUUCAGACUUUUCUUCUAGGAAAAUAAAGUCAAGAAUGUUUAGAACCAC